CGUCAGGAAGAAAACAAGAGGCAAUACCGGUACGAAACGCCACGACGCAGAAGCACCUGAAAAGAAGACACGAGGACAAUGCUGGCAAUGGCAAGAUACUGACUCACAAUUUCCUACUGCCUCAGAAGCCUUUGCCAGAUAGCCAUACUGUAGGUGCGAGGUGGUGGUUCAUUUACGUUGGCUCGUUGGAACAGUCCAGUAUCAUUACAGUACUUUGGGUAACCAAACCAAGUCAUAGAUACCUUCGAAAAAGAAAAGUUUUUGAUUGCAAACGCCACACAGAAAAACUACAAUGAGAUUUCAUUUGCAGGCUCUGGGAUUCCUCCUGUUGCAGGAGCCAACCGGUGCCUUUGUGGCUCCGAUGGCCGCAACAAAGAGGCAGCAGACGGCGAUAUUUUCAUCAUCUUCCCGCGAAGCCAGUGACAUGCUACGAGAUAUGCGAGAAGAGUUGUCCCGUAAUGAAGAAGCCAAUUUGGUCAUGCAGGCAUUGCGUGGACAAAAUCUCAACGACGAUGAUUCUGCCGUGGCUGGAUUGGAAAUGCGGCUCGUGGACAUUGGGGGGAAGGAAGAUGAUCGAUUGCCCUACGAAUACGAUCCGAUAUUUUUGCAAGACUUCUUUGGGAAGAGACCGGGAGCUGUGGUGACGAGGUUCUUUCAACUAUCCACCGUGUUGGGAGGAUUCGCAUUCAAAACUAUACUCGACAAUCUUUUCAACAGAUUAGAGGGGAACCCAGAUUUGGAGAUUAAGAGAGCAGCGGAACUGCGCGACAAGAUCACUUCGUUGGGACCAUUUUAUAUCAAGAUUGGACAAGCUCUCUCUAUUAGACCUGACAUUCUGUCUCCCAGAAGCAUGGUGGAGUUGCAGAAACUCUGUGACAAGGUACCUUCCUACGAUUCCAAGGUAGCAUUUGCCACUAUUGAGCGAGAACUUGGAAAACCAGUGGAAGAAAUCUUCAGUGAGAUCACCCCUGAACCCGUGGCUGCCGCGUCAUUGGGACAGGUCUACAAGGCCAAACUCAGGGCCACAGGCGAGACGGUUGCCGUCAAGGUGCAAAGACCUAACGUCCUGGAAACUGUAUCGUUGGAUCUCUACUUGGCCAGGGAAAUUGGGCUACUCGCGAGAAACUUUCCUGACUUGUCAAGCAGGAUCGACGUGGUCGCUCUCUUGGACGAAUUUGCCUAUCGCUUCUACCAAGAGUUAGACUACAACCUCGAAUGUGAAAAUGGAAUUAGAAUCAAGGAGUACAUGAACGUCUUGCCCAUGGUCAAGAUCCCAGAGAACUACCCCGAAUACACUGCACGACGAGUGCAUGUUGCGGAGUGGGUAGACGGUGAAAAACUCAGUCAGAGCAAGGCCGAUGAUGUGGGAGCGUUGGUAAACUUGGGUGUAAUCACCUACCUCAGUCAACUCUUGGAGUCAGGCUUUUUCCAUGCCGAUCCCCAUCCCGGUAACAUGCUUCGAACGGACGAUGGAAAGCUGUGUAUCUUGGAUUUCGGAUUGAUGACGGAGAUCACUGACGAUCAAAAGUAUGGCAUGAUCGAAGCCAUUGCACAUUUGAUCAACCGUGACUACACUGAAAUCGGUCAAGAUUUCAAAAACUUGGACUUUAUCCCACCGGAUACAGAUACUACGCCCAUCGUUCCUGCCUUGACCAAAGUGUUUGACGUUGCCUUGGCUGGAGGUGGUGCCAAGAGUAUCAACUUUCAGGAACUUGCGGCGGACCUGGCUGAGAUCACAUUUGAGUUCCCCUUUCGAAUCCCACCGUACUUUGCCCUCGUCAUUCGAGCCAUCUCUGUGCUAGAGGGUAUUGCAUUGGUUGGACAACCUGACUUUGCGAUUGUUGACGAAGCCUUCCCCUACAUUGCUCGGCGACUACUUACAGAUAAGUCACCCCGACUUCGAGCUGCACUCCGGUAUAUGGUGUACGGCCGCGAAGGAGAAUUUGACGCUGAGAAGUUGAUUGAUCUUCUUCAAGCCUUGGAGAAGUUCAGUGCUGUGCGUGACGAUGGAGAUGGAACUUCAUUCAAGGUGAACGGCGUGAGAGGCAACCGCGUGGUUGGCAAAGCCGGUGACUUCAGGGGAUCACAGAUAGUUGAUACAUCCGAACGCGACACGGAUAUCGACGGUGGCCGCUUCCGAGUGUCAACUGUAACAGACGGGCUCCCGGUGCUCACGGGUGGUGGUGGAAACAAUGGCAAGAAUGACGAUGACGAGAAUUCCACUCGAGAAGCACUACUCUUCUUUUUCGGUCCGGAAGGAGAAGUCUUUAGAGAGUUCAUGCUGGAAGAGAUUGUGACUGUGGUGGAUGCAUCCAGCCGACAAGCGCUUCGGGAGCUUGUGUCGCGAAUCGGCCUUGGAGGCGUUCCAGUUCCAUCGCUGUUCAAAGCAUUGAAUCCCAAGCUAAGUGAUGAUGACCGCCGUAUGGUAAAUCAGAUUGGAAAGCUUGUUCAGUUCUUGCUCGGAGACUUUGAAGGGGCGAUUGAGCCGGAAUCCGGUCGUCGCAGCGUUGACACGGAUCGUCUGAGGAAACUCGUCCCUGUGGCACGAGAGUUUGCACCCCAACUUCGUGCAUUCGGUACAUUGUUGGUAGCUCGCUUGACAGAGAAGAGCCUGUCACGUGGCCUCACUUGGGCAUCAAAGCGACUGGCUCCAUCUUCGUCCAGAACGUUUUCAGCUAGGCUGCAAGAGCAAACGUAAACCCAAUAUAAAGAUGCCAGUAAAGAAAUCACAUGCCAUUCUCUUGAAAUUCGCUUCAUCUCUCAAAACACACAUAUGAUCUCUCAAACUACUAGCUAGUACGAGUAGGGAUAACGAGUACAGUAGUAUCACACAUUCUCAAA